AUGGAGAGUACAUGUCAGAAAGGAGGGUGUUUGACGGGUCUGGGCGACCUGACGAGAUGGGAUAUAAAAAGUCGACGUCUUGGCCGCCGACGAUGGGGUGCUUCAGUCCUUGCUCCUCACCUUCAUCGCUUCUCAUCUCCUUUCUUUCACUUUGAGCCAGUCUCAUUCUCUUCAAACACUACUCGGGCAGUAGCACUCCUUUAUUCUCACUCACUCCCCCAACCCCCAUCUUCCCACCCUCCCUUUCCUUCAAGAUGA